AUGUCGGACGGCAGUAAUGCACCUGAAAGCUGUUUGCUCACCGCCAUUAAAACAGAAGAAGAAGAUGAAAAAGAACAUGGCGGACAUCCGCAAGCCGAGGUGGCAGAAAUGUGUUGUCAACACAUUAAUACAAUUAAUGAUUACAAUAGCGGUGAAGACAGUGAAAUAGGGGGCUUAUCUAGUGGAGAAGAGUACGAGUUGGACCGUGAACUAGAUGAGGACUUUCGUGACUCUGACUCCGACGAUGACAACAAUGCUGAAACUCAACAUUCUCCUGGUCCUGCCGCCGACUCAGAGGAGGAUGACCCUGAGCCUGAACCUGAAAGGGAGGCACCAGAAGGAAUGCCAGAGCGACCGUGCGCAGGGAGAGGACGAGGGAGGGGGAGAGGGAGAGCCUCACAUCGGGUGAAUCAACCUGUUGUCCAGACAUAUAGCUAUGAUGAUUCAGACAUGCCCAACCAGUUGCCAUCUUUCCGUCCUGUACGCCAGCCUGGUGUUCACCUAGAUGCACAAGUAACACGAAGUGCCAUGACCAAAGCCAUAGAUUUUUUUAAGCUUUUUUUUACAGAUGCCCUCCUGCUACAAAUCUGCACCUACACAAAUGCUUAUGCCUGGGAACAAAUCCUCAGAAAGCCCUAUUAUGGUGGCAAAGAUGGUACAUGGAAAGAAACCAGUCCAGAUGAAUUGUUACGACUGAUGGCCCUUGUAAUGUUUUGUGGCCUUGUCCCAGUUCGUUCUUUUUACAGAUACUGGAGCACCAAAACCCUGUACCAUGGCAUGUGGGCACGCAGCAUCAUGUCAAGAGACCGGUUCAAAGCAUUGAUGGCAAUGCUCCAUGUUGUAGAUCCUGGUGCUGAAGAUGAGCGUGACAAACUGCGUAAAGUCACUGGCCUGUUAGAGACUUUCAAGGUGACGUGUAAAGCACUUUACCAACCGUUCCAGCAUGUUGCUGUGGAUGAAAGAAUGGUGAAAUCAAAACAUAGGUCUGGCAUUCAACAGUAUAUCAAGAACAAACCCACAAAGUGGGGAAUUAAGCUCUGGGUGUUAGCUGACAGUUUGAAUGGCUAUACUUAUGACUUUGAUGUUUACACUGGCCGAAAACUUAAUGAUGCACCUAGUGAGAAUGGUUUGGGGUAUGAUGUAGUGAUGAGACUCACUAGGUCUCUUGCGCACCAGGGCUAUCAUGUGUACUUUGACAACUUUUACACAUCACCAAAACUAGUCAAUGACUUGUUUCAGCUCCAGAUGCCUUCUUGUGGGACUACAGCUGAAAACAGAAGAGGUUUCCCUGAGUCCGUAAAGAAAGGGAAGGAGUGGGUGAAAGGGAAAGAUAGGGGAGCUAUGAGGUGGGUCCGAGAUAACUGUUGCUUGGCAUUGCAAUGGAAGGACAAUAGACCUGUGACCCUUCUGUCAUCUAUCCACUCAGCAAAUGAGUUCCUGCAUGUGCAAAGGAGAGAAAAAUUUGAGCACAAGUGGCGUUGUACUAGAGUGAAACAACCCAAGGCUAUACAUGACUACAAUUUUUACAUGAAUGGGGUUGACCGGUCUGACCAGCUUAUUGGGCAGAGCACAGCCUUGAGAAAGUGCAUGCGAUGGUGGAAGACUCUGUUCUUCCAUAUGAUGGAUAUUGCAGUCGUAAACAGCUUCAUAUUGUUCCAGAUUCACCGGGCUGCAUACCCUGAUGCAGCUGCGCUCAAGCGACCACAAAAGUAUUCUGUGACCGAAUUCAGAGAGGAGCUUGUCCGGCAGCUGGCUGGCCUUGAGGAGUAUGGAGAUCCCCCAGUUUAUGAACCUGUACAAAACCCUGGGGAAUUUGUCACUGAUCACAUUCCUUGUGUCUCUGAUACAAAGAGAAAUUGUAGAGUCUGCUAUGACACAAGCAAGCAAGCACUCAAGGUUGUCACAAAAUGUGAUGCCCCUCAAUGCCAGGUCUACUUGCACAUAACUCACGACAAGAAUUGUUUUGAAGCAUGGCAUACAAAGAAUUAUGAACAUAGAAAGAACUAACCAUCAUGACUUAUGGUAAUUGUAACACAC